GAAGCUCAUGCUUCUACUUCGCGAGCUGCCUUCGCCUUUUGCCGUGCUCUUUAGCUGUCGGCCGGAGUCUACAGUCGUUUCGGCUUGGACUAAAGCGCAAGAUCAGGGUCUUGUGAUCCCCUGUGAAAAUGUGAAUCAAAUUGAACUGGACACUUUCCACACCAUCCGUUGCAUGGUGGGCGAAGGAUUUUCCGAUUUUAUCAAGGACUCGGGAUGGAAACCAUCUGAUGAAGAUCUUGAUGUCUUUGCGAGAGGUUGCCGUGGAUUGCCUAUUAUGGCUUCAACCCGAAUACGUGAAGCGCAGUCCGAGAUUCGGUACUACGGUUGUUCUCUUAAAACAGAGUUUGCAUAUUUCCGUAAUCUUAAUGAAGUGCCUAUGGAUCUGAAGUCGGAGUACUUACGAAUCAUGCGACGAGCCUACAUGCGGAAUUCCUCCAGUAUUCGUGAACAGGUGGCCAAGAACUAUCGCGAAGUAGUCGGGAUACUUGUUGCUGCAAGCUGGAGUGAUCUUGGCACUGACGACAUAUCACAACUCCUAGGAAUUGCCGAGGAUGAAGUACGCUCAACACUAAGACCUAUCAGCUCGAUCGUCGAUCUUCCUUCAGACAACGAACGGACUGUCAAGUUCUACCAUGCGACGGCAAAGGAGUUCAUUACAGGAGAUCCUAUCGGUGAGAAACAAGACGAAGUAUUUUUUAUUCAUGAUGACAAGGGGUAUAGCAUUGGAUUACGGCUUCUUCAAUUUAUAAAUGAUGUCAUUCAGAAGAAUAAGUUUGGCAUCCCCACCGAACUCCCUUUGGGAGAUAGAAAGAAGUGGGAGCUCUUUCAGAGCAAGCAGAAACCUAGAGUUGUCGAAAAUGUGCUUGACCGCUUGUUCUCUCACUUGGACCCUUCGCUGCUCUUUGCACAAGAAUCUAAUGAAUUGCAAAGAGAAUUUGAACAACUUCUUACAAGAAACUUCCUCUCAUCCUUGUCAUGGAAUGAUGGCCGAUCAGGAGAGCUACGUUCUCGGACCGAACGCUUAUUCUCAGAAUGGAGGUUGAAUGCACAUAAUCACAAAUUAAUGGUGCUGGCAGAGGAGGCAUACAGUUUUAUAUGGAGGUUGAGCACCAUCCCCGAUCCUUGGGAUCAUUAUCGAUCAAGCCUUCCAUUCACUCCGUCGUCAUCACCCCUCUAUGAAUUCUAUGGCCAUCUCUCAGAUCCCGUUCAAGUCUUCAGUGUAUCCGGCAAGUUUUCCAAUAGCUUGAGUGAGGAUGAACGUAUGGGUCAAGAGCUCUUGAGAGCAAAACUGCCGAAGAUUUUUGAUAAAUAUGACGUGACCUGUGCGGCAAUAUCCCAAGAUGGUCGUCAAGUCGCCCUUGCCUUUGGAAGCGGGGUCAUUGAGGUUGCCGACAUUGACCAUCAGCGUAUAAUUUCUAGAUUCCAAUGCAGUCCUCCCAAGCCUCUGGUUUGGAUCGAGUUUAUCCACAGUGGCAAUGCCCAGAUUGCCACUGAGGAUGCUGACGGACACAUCACUAUUCUUGGUCCCGGAACAAGUUUGGUGAAGCUUGGCACUCUCCCCAGCGGUUAUUUCCCUGCUGUAACUGCGGUGUCGAACGAUGGAUCUUUCAUCAUACGAGUCCCACAAAUCCUUGGCCAGGCUUGGUACGAGAACAUGGCCCUCAUAUGUUUUUCGGGCAAACCAUCCGUUCAGCUCCUUGCAUCCCCUCCCACUCCUUCCCCUUCUCAGUCCCCCCAAUCCCACUCUGAUUUAUUAUCAUCAUCAUCAUCUGGUCUAUCCAUCCCUCAACGUCACACAGUUCGAUUCUCUCCAGGGGGCCGAUAUGUCGGUGCUUACGACACAAACCAUGCGUUCAUUUGGUCAACAGAUUCACACCAGUGGAUUGCUCAAUAUCGCGUGCAAAAUUUCAAGACUUGGAUUUUCAACACUGGUCUUGAACCCCCUUACCUGCAUGACAUUCCUAUGCCUGUACUUCGUAACCCCCUCCUGCCUUUGAUUCCAGAAGAUGGUGCAACUCGUCCACCAAGUACCGAGCCAGAUUUAGGGCAUGAUGCGGAUGAAUCUUGGUCGAAGCGCCCUUUUUACGACCUCUCACCCUGCAUAGAAACCGGCAAAUACUCUGUUGUGAAGGUCUAUUCCUCCACAAUGGGAAGGAUACCAUUAUUACGUGCCCACGGCGGGUCCAUUUGGAGGGAGCCUGGUACGGCGAUGUGAUGCUCAAUGGUGAUGAUGAUGAUGGUAUGGAUAGGGACCGCAUAUAUUUUCCUCGGGCGAGCAAGGGUGGAACUCGAUUCCUG